GUCUCUUAAGAAACCGCUGGUUCAGCUGCAGCAUUAAUUUGCCUCAGUGGUUUCUUGACUUCCUCUGGGGAAGAGCUCACCACUGACUAGAUGGUGUGGCCUUGAAAGCUUUCCUGUGGACGACACUUUUUUUUUCUUUUUUCUUCCCUCUACUGCUUCUUCUCCUUUCCUUUUCAACUCGUUUGAGUUUCGACUCGGCACGUUACCAGCGGGGAACGGGGUAGCUAGAGAUUUCGUCUGGAUUUCUCAAAGGCGGCAACAACAUGAACGACACCUACAACGACUCGUACGAUGACUAUUAUAAAUACUUUUAUGACAACUAUUCCUGUGACAUUGGUUUGUCUGAAGAAUUGAAGGGAUCCAUUACAAAAGUGGCGCUUGUGCUCUACUGCCUGACGUGCCUCCUUGGAGUUCCUGGAAACGCCCUUGUAGUGUGGAUUGCUGGUGUCAAGAUGAAGAAGACCAUUAACACCAUCUGGUUUCUGAACCUGGCCAUUGCUGACCUUCUCUGCUGCCUGUCCAUACCAUUUACUGUGGCUGAAAUCCUGAUGGGGCAUCACUGGCCAUACGGAGACACUAUGUGCAAGAUCCUACCCACGAUCAUUGUUGUCAACAUGUUCGCCAGCAUCUUCACCCUGAACUUCAUCAGCCUGGAUCGCUUCAUCCAGGUUGUUAAACCUGUUUGGGCUCAGAAUAAUCGUACGCUUGGGUUAGCAUGGGUAUGCUGUGCCAUGGCAUGGGCACUGGCCAUAAUCCUCAGCCUGCCCACUAUGAUCCUACGGGAAACGUUCUCCGUUGAUAACCUGACCAUCUGCACAUUCAGACACACCAAUUUUACCGGAGAAGAAUGCAGCAUCGACAAAGGUGGCUCUUACAGGGCGCUAACCAUGACCCGGUUUGUGGUCGGUUUCCUCAUACCGCUUCUUUGCAUUGUGUUUUGCUACACCGGGAUCGCCCGGAAGGUGAUGAGCAGCCACUUCCGUGCCGGAAGAGCAUUCCGUAUCAUGUUUGCUGUUGUGGUGGCGUUUUUUCUCUCCUGGCUACCCUACCACGUGGUGGGUCUGGUAGACAUUUAUGGUGGGAAUCAGGAUGCCAUGCUGGCUAGAGACAUAGACCCUUUGGCUGUCUCUUUUGCGUACGUCAACAGCUGCAUGAACCCGAUUCUUUACGUUUUUAUGGGGCAGGACUUUAAAGAGAAAAUUAAACUCUCUUUGAGACGGGUUUUCGAGAAGGCUUUUAGUGAAGAUGGCACACACUUGUCACUGAGUUCUAAAGGACAGCAGACACGCUGCACCAACUCCUCAGACGCCCAGAUGUGACAGGGAGGUGAAGGUGGAACAUGGAGUCCAAAUUAUGUGGGUAUUAAAUUACUAUGAACCAUUUGGACUUUGUUAGUUUGAGUAGUGUGUAACGCCUGUAGUAAUAAAGGGACCGAAAGGGGAAAUCUAUCCUGAAAGAUUUGCACAUUAAUCAGUAUAAUUAACACGAUCGCCACUGAUUUAAUGAUGAUCAGAGCUCACUUUCCUCCCUCGUCCACCUGUUGGUGUGUCUUCCUGCUGUUAGUGCAGACGGGCAGGUUUUAGCCCUUGUUUUUACUUCUACGUAAAGAGAGAGAUGCCACGGCUCUUUAGUCCUUUAAUCUGUACAACUUUUUUCCUCUAAACCCUAAAUCUUAAUACUCGUACGGCUCUCGUCAUCUCGAUGAUCACUAACUAGCCGAGCUGGGUCGUGUGGGAAAAUCCCAGAUGAUCAGCAGUUUCUGUAAUACUCAAGCCAGCCUCUCUGGCUCCAGCAACCACACCACGCUUAAAGUCCCAGGUCACACUUUCCCCUUUCUAAUGUUAGCUGCGAGCAUUAACUGACCUAUUCGCAUGAUUUCAUGCUCUGACCCGCUGCCACGUGAUUGAAUAAUUAGAUAACUGCGUAAACGAGCAUGUGUACAGGUAAUCUUAUUAAAGUGGACCUUGCGUGUAAACGUAUUUAAUUUGAAGUCUUUCAGGGUGGAGUUUUCAUUGAAAUGUGACUGGCAGUUUCUGGAACUUAGUUUCUGGAACUUAGUUAGUUUACAGUGAAUGUAGUUUUUUUUUUUUUUUUCUUUUCCCCAGUGUAUAUUGUAUGGAUAAAACUUUGUUGUUUAAUAAAAAAUAAAAAGUUAAAUACUAGACAGCCCUGUUAAUGGUUUUAAAUUAUAAUGCCAUUUAUAAUUCUAAUACUCAAAUAGACAAUAGAUUUAUCAGCUGCGCAUGGACGCCAUGUUGGCACGACAGAUUCUUAUCACUUACGUAAGCCCGGAUGUUAAAUGAUUAAAUGACGUUAAACAACAGGAUUUCUAAAUUAGGAGCACUUAUUUAGAUGUUUGCAUUCCAAAGUAAAUGAACGCAGUCGUUGUGUUUGUUUCCAGAACAUCAGACCGGUCAGAGUCAUGAUUUUAUCGGCACAGAUUCCGGUAUGUGUUGUUAUUUUGAUGACAUGACAUCGACAUCAGCAUUCUUGAACAGUUUCUCAGACUCCGAGAUAGUUUGAGCCUAAAAAAUGGGUUUAAUGAUCCUUGAAGCGGAUUUGUACUGUUCAGUCUGGAGUCUGGUUCAACAUGACUCGGGCCUUGUGUAGUUAAAGAUGAUGAAGAAUGGGAAAUGUUUGCCUACUCUGUGCUUGUUUUGUUUUGUGUUUUUAUUUUAUUUUAUUUUUUUUAUAUAAAUAUCCUCUCAGAUCACGCCUGUGGUUGUGUGCCUUCUUGUUAUUUACCGCAUGCAUAGUGGCAUGAUCUGAAAAGACUGUAGAGUAAGCUCAGUUUUAAAGUACUACUGUGUUUUCUGUAAAAACAAACAUGUUUUAUUAUACAACUGUUUGUAUGAUGUACUGAAGUUUUUCAUACAAAUUUCUCAACUCAAACAAGUGCUGUGGCAAUAAAUAAUUUCUGAGUAUGUA